CAGUUGGCGGGGGCGCUCUGCGUGCGCAGGGAGAUGUGCGAGGGGAGGCGGCCGGCGGACGCGAGUCGGGCGAGGUGGGCGGCGGCGGCGGCGGAGCUACGGUGGAGGGAGGCGGCGGCCGACGAGCAGCUGGCGGCGGCGCGGGCGCGCCUGGCGGAGGCUCUGGCGGAGCGGGAGCGGGCGCGGGCGCGCGCCGCCGAGCUGCAGCGGCGCCUCGAGCAGACCUACGGCAAACGAGCGAGAGGACGGAGGAGGCGAGAUCGGCUUCCAGGAACGCGCGAAGGAAACAGACUCCACCGCGCGUGAGGUAUGGCGACGGAAUCCGCCGCGCGGAUAACUGCACGCGCGGAACAAAGUUUUAGCAAGUUAAGGAUUUUGGCAAGUGUAAAUAGCAAAUUGUUGGAGAACGUUUUUUGCAACUUUUGCCAAAUUUUGUAGUAUACCAAAUGGAAUAGCAAACUCUUGGAG